AUGAAAGUUAUGCUGAGCUCGACGUUUGUUUUGUGCUGCAUGGCUGUUGCCUUAGCAUUGCCAACUCGUGAAAUUGAGGAAGUGCACCAGAGGAAUGCUGCUGUAGAUAUUCUACAGCCGCAAGAGUCAAGGUGGGGUUGGGGCAAUGGUGGUGUUGAUGUCGAAGCUCGGGCAGAAGCGGCUGGUGUAGCUUCGGCGGCUAACUUUGAUAUCGAUGGUUUUGGAGGCAGACGAGACUUCGAAAUCGGUGCCGCUGGGGAGGCCGGUGUAGACUUUGCUGCGGGAGGCUUUGGCGGCGGCUGG